AUGGCUUCACAACUGCAGCAUCCAGAAAGCGCGGCGACUGGGAAUAAACCUUGCGAAGAAAGUCCCUAUGGCAUCUUCGUGGAUGAAGACCUCAUCGAUGAUUCGACCGGCGUCGUACCAACAAAGGGUUUGGGUAUACCUCUUAGCCUCAAGGACCGCUUUUUGAGGCGCCUAUCGAAGAUGCUAGGCACCGCAGCGAACAUACGAGAGGCACCCAACGUCAGCGUCAUGGAUAUCUUCUUGACGAGAGACAAACAGUCGCCCCGGCCAAACAUUGCGCUCGAUGAAGGACUGCGGAAGUUUGUGCGCGAGCUCGAAGAUGGGCUGGCCGCUGUUGCGAUGCAUCCUUCCGGACCGCCACUCGAUCGCGCAUGUUCAGAACUAUGGGAUGUCAUUCUGAUACACAACUAUAACAGAGUCGAACAAGUCAUACAAAGUAUACAGGAGAGUUUCGACGAGAACUGGACUACAUUCGAUGAGCUCGUUACGAGGAUGUUCGGCAUUGAUGACGCCGACAAUAGAGGCUCAAGACUGGAUCGAGAGCUUGGUGACAAGGUCAUUAGGCUAUCUCACGAUGUCCAUGCUUUCGAUGGCUCAAUGAGAGAUUUGAAUAAACUCGUCCAAUUCGCUUCAACUAUGACUAGGGUAAAUCACAAUCUACGGGACCGGCUGCGAUACCUUCUAGAGAAGACCUACUUCGCCAACAAGUUGUUCGACCUCAUCUGCGCCCUCGGCUUUCCCGAACGUGUCUACAGCACCUUGGUCAGGGCUGCUAGGUCUUCGCAAACGUUCAGGAACGUCAACUUCCACUUGAGGCCUCAAUCGCCGGUAAAGAACGUAUCUUUCGCGACCCCGAUGGCGAGUGCGACGCCACCAAACGCCGUUAAGUCGUCCUCACCACCUCAGAAGAAGAAGUCGAAGCGCAUGCAGCAGUACGAAGCGACGGCGAUCGAAACAGCAAUUGCGGUUCCUACUCUUCCCUCUCCUCCUCUUCCAUCUCCUCCUUCUGAGCCAGCUGUUACCAGCCUCGGUCCGCUGAUGACCGCGGUGCAGCCUUACCUGAACCAACAAGAUCGGAAUCUGCCUCUUCCUUCCCUGCAACCCGCAACCAAGCAGGAAACGGCGCAACUAAUUGGCACCAUACUCCGAGAGAGGCUACUAUCUACCCAAACCGCCGCAUGGUAUUCGUUCGGUUUCGUCACCGCCAAGGAUGAAGAGCAAGAAAGACAGCUAGCCGGGCUUUACGUCGCACUACUCAAGGAAGCCAAAGAUCCCGAAGCAGCAUUUCGCGAACUGCAGACCGCCCUGGAAACGAAUUCGCUAGUCUACCUCUUCGACAAGUACGAAUACAGCCAUUUCCGCGGCCUAUUCCCCUAUCUCAAGGCGUUCCUCUCAAUCCCACCAAACAAGCGCUCCACCGUCUGGCGUCUACGGCAAUUCAUUCAAGACCCCACCGAUGACGAACCGCCUGCAUGUCUCCAGCGCGAUUACGGCUUCAAGUAUUGUCGUCAGCGCGAAGAAGUCCUCCGCGUCAAGGAAAUCUACGUUAACAUACUGAAGAAGCUGGGCCCGCAGAAGUUGGAUAUUGCAUGUGUGAACGGCCGGCUAUCUGAGACGGCGAUGAAAGAGGGAGUUCAUAUUAAUGCCAAGGACAGGCGGUUUCUGAAAAAUGACUAUGGGUCCCCGUUCCUGGGACUGGACUGCGAGGGCGGGCUUGAGAACUACCGCGGCCCGUUCUACAGGAAGCCGUUGAAGCUUUAG